AUGGCUACUCCGGAAGAUGUUCACAGCACGCUGCCGCUUAUCUGGCAGCGGCACGUCAACAGAUUGAAGGCUUCAUUGAAGCGGUGCAGUCUCUUGAUCGUGAUUGAUGAUGCGCUCUCUCAUUCUACGUUCAAGCUCGACCAGUCAAGACUCUCCGGUCGCGCGGCAUUGAGGAUCUCUCUCGGAAAGCGGGACCAGAGUGAUGGGACAACAGUCGCCGUUUGGGCGUACAUCUCCGACGACCGUACUGGAAGCGAGCCGCCCAUCGUAUUUCGCGAUGAGGUACCAGUUUUUUUCAAAGGUGUAACUACGACGCGACUAUAUCCACGCUCUGCGUCAUCGCUACUGCGAAAAGCUCGUCAAGUCCGACCGCCAUUCUGCUUUCUACAGCAGGAACUGGAUGAGGGCGUCAAAGAUGGACGUGGUAUGCUAUGCGCAGUUGUCGCUUGCUAUGCACUGACCGCAGGAUCGAGCGACUGUGCUAUUCUAUGGCCACAGUUUGAUGCGUGCCUCAUAGCCGCCUUGAACUACAUCAAUACCGUCGGUACUACAGCACAGACAACGAAGCAAGAAAUCCAGCACGAGACAGUGUCAGAGAUGACAGUGUCCGCAGCCACUAUGAUAUCACUCAAUUCGGCGUCAACGAGGAAGGCCCCGACCCUCACAGCAAGUUUGUACAUAACUCCGGAAGUGGAAGGCGGUGCGGGCCAACCCACGGGCUUUGCGGACAAAACUAAUCAGCACAACACGUCACUUAUCGUGAAGCUCAAGCUAUAUCGAGAGGCUGUUGCAGAAAUAACACAAGUAACUCCAUUUGUUGAAGUUCUGGAGAGACAGGAUGAAGCAACAGGGUUUGACGCCGACGAAUGUGAUAGCGGUAUUGACGAUGGGGUUGAUAGCGUGAUUGGAGAGGACGUAGACACUGUUAUUGGGGAUACCAUUGACGAUGUUAUUGUAACAGCCAACUGGUUUGAUAUAGGCGCCACCGAGGCACCCUUCCAAGUGUGA